GCUGCAAUCGCAUGGUCCUCCUUGUCCUCGUGGCUGGACUUCUUGCACCCUUGUCUGAACUGCUGGGCGUCUCUGGAGCUAUCGUGCCUAAACACUGCACACUCCCUCCAGAACAUGGGAAAUGCAAAGAGAAAUUACUGCGUUACUACUACGAUGUGCAAAUGAAGACCUGCCGGCCAUUCACAGGUUGUCAAGCCGGAGGCAAUAACUUUAAGAAUAUUAAGGAAUGCGUUUGGGAGUGUGAGGUCUUGGGUAAGAAAACGCAGGAGCACUUUCCCCUGGGCAAGCCACCUAGACACUGCACACUCCCUCCAACAAAUGGGAAGGGCAAAUCAAGAUUGUUACGUUACUACUAUGAUGUGCAAAUGAAGACAUGUCAUCAGUUCACCUACAGAGGUGACGAAGGCAACAGAAAUAACUUUAAGAGUUUCAGUGACUGUAUUUGGGAGUGUGAUCGCUUUGACAGAAAGACCCAGGAGGGCUCUUCAUCUGGCAGUGUACCUAAGCAUUGCACUCUCCCCCUAAAGCAAGGACCUUGCAAAGCAGCAUUUCCGCGUUACUAUUACAAUACUCAAACUAACAAGUGUGAGAAGUUCAUUUAUGGUGGCUGUAAAGGUAACGCAAAUAACUUUCUGGAAAAGGAGGAUUGCGCUCAGGAGUGCCACAGCGUUGGUGGGGUCACUAUAUCUAGAAACAAUAUACCUAAACACUGCACUCUUCCCUUAGAGCAAGGACCUUGCAAAGCAGCAUUUCCCCGUUACUACUACAAUACUCAAACUAACAAGUGUGAGAAGUUCAUUUAUGGUGGUUGUAAAGGUAAUGCAAAUAACUUUCUGGAAAAGGAGGAUUGCGCUCAGGAGUGCCACAGCGUUGGUGGGGUCACUAUAUCGAGAAACAAUAUACCUACACACUGCAGUCUUCCCCCAGAGCAAGGAUUUUGCAAAGCAGCAUUUCCCCGUUACUACUACAAUACACAAAGAAAUAAGUGUGAGAAGUUCAUUUAUGGUGGCUGUAAUGGUAAUGCAAAUAACUUUCAAAAUAUGGAGGAUUGCACUCAGGAGUGUUAUGGCAUUGGCAGGGUCACUAUGCAGCGUUCGUAAGGACAAAUGCCAAUUUAUGGCUUUGGCAUAGGGUUGCCAGACCUCUCGCUGGGGCCUGCAGACCUCCUAGAAUUACAACUCAUCUCCAGACUGCAGAGAUCAGUGCUACCUGCUAAAGACGAAUUCCCGUUCCCCCCCCCACCCAAUCAGCCAUUUUGUCCAGAGGAACUGAUCUCUGUGUUUUGCAGAUCAGUUGUAAUUCUGGGAGACUUUCAGGUCCUACAGCUUUGAACUGGUCUUCAUCCAUGUAGUUGAUGCUCUUCUCUUUCUUCAGGUAAAGAAAUAUUGUCAAAUCCAUUCCUCUGUCUUUGGGGUCAAUGAAAAAAGGCACAAGGGAAUCUAUGAUAACUUUUCAGCCAUAUUUGAGCAGCCUCUGCAGAAAUGUCUUGCAUGCUUUUCAAUAAACUCAUCUCUUCUUCUGCA